CCUUGCCCCAAUUGACUGCUGAGGGACUGAUCCCGAGAGCGAGAGCAGGUGGUAGGAGCAAACUGGGCCCCCUAUCACAGACGGAUUGGACCUUUCUCAUGCAUGUCAUGUUCCCCCCUUCCCCCAGGCCUGAUGCUCAUGGCUACGUCCCUGGCAGAGUCAUCAAGCAGGCGGAGGGAGAAGAGGAGACAGCUGGAUGCACGCCGGAGCAAGUGCCGCAUCCGUCUUGGUGGCCACAUGGAGCAGUGGUGCAUCCUCAAGGAGAGACUGGGCUUCACUCUUCAUUCUCAGCUUGCAAAAUUCCUUCUGGACCGGUACACUUCUGCAGGCUGUGCGCUUUGUGCAGGUGCUGAGCCUUUGCCCCCCAAGGGUCUGCAGUAUCUGGUACUCCUGUCUCAUGCCCACAGCAGAGAGUGCAGCCUGGUGCCUGGGCUUCGGGGUCCUGGGGGCCAAGAUGGGGGAUUUGUGUGGGAGUGCUCUGCUGGCCACACCUUCUCCUGGGGCCCUUCUUCAGGCUCCACACCUUCAGAGGAGCCCAGACCAGUUCCCCUUCCAAGUACUGCCCAGAGAAGCUGGUGUCCAGAAAAGCAGAAGCCUGUAGGUUUAGAAUCUGAGCAUGGUGAGAAGAAUCAGGAGACCAGGUUAUCCAGAGGGAUAGGAUCCCCACUGGAGACCACCUUGCUCCCAGGAGAAGAGGAGGAGGAGGAAGAUGAUGAUGAAGAGGAGAUGCUCAGUGAUGCCAGCCCAUGGACCUACAGUUCUUCCCCAAAUGACAGUGAACAGGAUGCCCCCAUGUCACCCCCUUCUCCUGUUACCCACCCACUUAAGGAUGGAGAGACACCCUCCACUCCAGCAACUACUCCUACACUUCUUGCUGUGCCACCUUCACCAGCAUCCUCAUUGGGUUCUGGAGCUCCUCUGCCUGUGGAUGUGGAGAUACAGCCAGAGCUCAGUGGAAGCACUCAAGCAACACAGCCAACUGAGCCCCUGGCCAGCCCUGGAAGUCAUACCCAGUCUACUCUUUCUUUGUCCUGGGAUGAGACCGAUACUGUGCAGAUUGGCCCCAAGAGAAUUAGGAAAGCUGCCAAAAGAGAACUGCUACCUUGUGACUUCCCUGGCUGUGGAAGGAUCUUCUCUAACCGGCAGUAUUUGAAUCAUCACAAGAAGUACCAGCACAUCCACCAAAAGUCCUUCUCCUGCCCAGAGCCUGCCUGCGGGAAGUCCUUCAACUUUAAGAAACACCUAAAGGAGCAUGUAAAACUGCACAGUGCUGUCUCCAGUGUACCUGCAGACACCCGGGACUACAUCUGUGAGUUCUGUGCCCGGUCCUUCCGCACUAGUAGCAACCUCGUCAUCCACAGACGCAUCCAUACUGGAGAGAAACCUCUACAGUGUGAGAUCUGCGGGUUCACCUGCCGACAGAAGGCCUCCCUGAACUGGCAUCGGCGCAAGCAUGCAGAGACGGAGGCUGCCCUGCGCUUCCCCUGUGAGUUCUGUGGCAAGCGCUUUGAGAAGCCUGAUAGUGUCACAGCUCACUGCAGCAAAAGCCACCCAGCCCUGCUUCCGGCUCCACAGGAGUCACCCAACCCAUUGGAGCCCUGUUCCAGCAUCUCUGUCCCUGAGUUCCAGGGGUCCAGGCCCUUUCUGGCUCCUCAGACUCCAACCCUGCUCCCUCAGCAGUGAGCAUUCCCUGGGCUUUGGGGAGCCAAACCCCCAGAACUGAAAAGAAGCAAAGGGAAAGGCAACCAUAUGGUGCUCAGGAACUGGGGUGACAGGCACAAGCAGUGUGGACAAGACUGGGCUCAAAGGGAGCCAAACUUCUUUAGCCUACCGAGAGGACAGAAUAAACCCAGUUUUUCUUAUGGACAUGUGUGGGCAUAGUGCUGUUUUGGCACCUGAGGUACAGGAAUCCUGACGCUUUUGGAAACAGGACCUGCUAGAAUGUAUGUGAAUCAUGAGUACACUGUAGAUGUGGACUUUGUUCCUCUACACCCCUCCCCCUUCCCCUGCUCCAUCCCAAGAACCCAGCUCUCUUCUCCAGUUCACUUUGGCAUUUUGCAGCCCUUUCCUGUGGACUGUUAACACCAAUCUUGGACUCAAGCAGGGCAGGUUAUGACAGUAUUAAGAGCACUGGGUCAUUCCUGAAGAACAGGCUGGAGCAAAAGCAGAGGUACUU